CUCUUGCCAAGUAAGAAAGUGUGCAGCAUGAUUUCACGCAAAAAAGCUGUGACAUUCCAGGUCCCACAGAUAUUCGUAUAUCUACUAACAGAGCGCCUUUUCCCUCCUUUUUCAAGGACGCUCAUCUUCCAUUUUCAAGUUCAUUUUCUUGGACUCGAUUCGCCGCAGAAGCUCCCCUCUCAGCAUCAGGCAACAUGGUGAACGUCACCUACGACGCUUCUGGAGACCUGGAAUGGUCGGAUGGGUCAGGAAAAGUCUUCAAUAUGGGCGAUAUUGCCUGGACGUUGGCCUCAACAGCUCUAGUGUGGAUCAUGAUACCUGGUGUUGGCUUCUUCUACUCAGGUUUACUGAGGAGAAAGAAUGCUCUCAAUAUGAUCUACCUCAGCAUGAUGACCGUUGCCGUGGUUUCCUUCCAGUGGUUCUUCUGGGGCUAUUCUCUAGCUUUCAGCGACACUGCCAGCCCCUACAUCGGCAACCUCAAAUACUUUGCCUUGCAAAAUGUACUCGACCAACCUUCUAUUGGUAGUGUCAAAGUACCUGCCAUUGUAUUUUGCGUCUUCCAGCUUAUGUUCGCUGCUAUCACUCCCAUGAUCGCCAUCGGUGCCGUUGCAGAACGCAGCCGCUUGGGUCCUCUCCUUGCAUUCGUUUUCGCUUGGUCUACACUCGUCUAUGACCCUAUCGCCUGUUGGACAUGGAACGCAAAAGGAUGGUCAUUCGUCCUUGGUGGCCUUGACUUUGCUGGUGGUACCCCAGUCCACAUCUCCUCCGGUACUGCCGCACUCGCCAUCUCACUCUACCUCGGAAAACGUCGUGGAUACGGCACAGAGCGCCUCGCUUACAAACCCCACAACACAACUUAUGUUAUUUUGGGCACAGUAUUCCUCUGGUUCGGUUGGUUCGGUUUCAACGGCGGAUCUGCCCUCUCCGCAAACUUGCGUGCAACCCAAGCAUGCAUUGUCACCAACCUUGCUGCAAGUGUUGGCGGUUUGACUUGGAUGUUCUGGGAUUAUCGUCUUGAGCGCAAAUGGUCCGUUGUUGGUUUCUGCUCUGGCGCUAUCUCGGGUCUCGUUGCUAUCACUCCUGGUUCAGGGUUCGUGGGUUCUCCGGCUGCUGUUCUAUUUGGCUUCAUGGCUGGGACCGUCUGUAACUUUGCUACCCAGCUCAAGUUUUACUUCAAAUACGAUGAUACACUUGAUAUCUUUGCAUCCCAUGCCAUUGGUGGAAUUGUCGGCAACGUCCUUACCGGUCUCUUUGCUCAGGCGAGUAUUGCCGGUGCUGACGGCAUCACUACGAUUCCCGGAGGCUGGCUCGACCACAACUACCGCCAACUCGGCAUUCAACUCGCAGAUUCCGUCUCCGGGCUUGCUUACUCCUUCGUCAUGACCACCAUCAUAUUAUGGAUCAUGCACUACAUUCCCGGUCUUUGCCUCCGCUGCGACGAGGAGACUGAGAUCCUUGGUGUCGACGAUGCGGAGAUGGGCGAAUUUGCAUAUGAUUAUGUUGGUAUUGAGAGCGAGCUGAUGCCUCGUAGCGAGUACAACGCAGAUGCUGGUCGGGAGCAGCAGCGGAACACUGUUGCGACGACUUCGCAGAUAAGCGAGCAGGAGAAGGAUCCGCAACAGCUUUCUGGGGAGGCAUGAGGGCGUCGUGGCGUUGGCGUCGACGUUAAUCGUUGGCGUUGGUUGGCGUUGGCGGUGGUUGGAGUUGGAGAAGACAAAGACGACUGCAGGAAAGUCUGCCACUCGUUUCGUUGAUUUUCUUGAUGCGGCAUUCUACUUAGCGUAUAUCUACUACAUUUUUUUUGGCAUGUUCAACAGUAAUAUGCGCGUUUUACAUAUUGGGACUCUUUUACUUCCUUUUGUUUUUUUAAAAAGAUGUGAGUCGAUGGCAUGCGUGCGUACGUCAUUUCUUGAUGAUUUGACGCGAGGGUUGUUUAUUUUUUUAUCUGUUGUAAGGUGGUAUAUUAUUCACCGAAACAGGACAGCGGAGGCAUGCGGUAUAUAACUCGUUCGUUCGUUUACAUAAAAAGCGUGUUAGACUGGUAUUACAUGCGUAACCUCAGAAAAGCACUCCC